CGGCAUCGAGCACGACAACAGACGUCACGACACACGACUACUUAACGGCGCUCGCUCCUGUCAAAGCCCCUGCCCCACCCACCACCACCAACACACCACACACAAUGCCAUCCCGCACAGUCGCUCUACUCGGCGCAACCGGCACCCUCGGCUCCAACCUCCUCACGCAGCUCGCGGCCGCGCACGCGGCGGGCAAGCUUCGCCUCGUCGUCCUCCACCGUGCGAGCUCGGACACGAGCUCUGUACCUGCCGGCGUCGAGAAGCGAGUGCUCGACCCGGCUGCGGCGAGCGAGGCGGACGUGCAUGCCGCUCUGAAGGGAGUCGAGGUGCUCGUCGUCUCGACCCCCGGCACGGCGGCCGGCGAGCCCUUCCUCCGCGCCCUGGCUAGCCUCACGCCCGCACUCACGGCCUACAUCCCCUCGUGGUUCACUGCCAACUGGACGGCCGAGGAGGAGGUCGACCCGGCCAAGCAGUACAUUGUCUCCAAGGCGGCCUUGCGGCGCAAGGCCGAGGACCUGGGACUGCCAGUCACGACCAUCCGCAACGGCCUGUUCGAGGACUCGUUCUUUGGCGGGUUCGGCGUCAACGCCGUCGACAACAAGCUCACGCUGUACGGCGAUGCCUUGAGCGCCAAGUUCUCCUUCUCGUCGCUGCCGUACAUCGGCGCGGCGGUCGCGCAGAUCGUCACCCUGCCCAAGCUCGAGAGCAAGUACACUGUCGUCGAGGCGGAGUUUACUGGCGCGCAGCUGGCCGCCGCGCUCGAGAAGAAGCACGGCAAGGCGCCGACAGUGAGCAAGUUUACCGACGAGGACGUGGCCGCUGCGGUCGCCAAGGGACCUGGGCCGGGCCUCGGCGCCGGCUGGAGGACGCACUGGGGCAAGGGACACUGGACGUCGCCUAACCGGUUCGACCCCGAGGGCGUGGCCCCGCGUACUGUCGAGCAGGGCAUCGAGCUGGCUAUCGAGCAGAACUUGGGCGCAGGCGCGGCGUGGUAGUGUUGUAGGGCAGCAGCAUGCAGGAU